ACAGGGGAUGUAGUCUUGCCUCAUGCGAUCUUCGCCUUCUGUGUAAUUCUGCCUCAGCAUUCACUGGCCCUUUCUGAGUCUCCACUUUGACUACGCUCCACCUUUCAUUCCAAAACUCGGUCCAAUCCAAACCCAACAUGACAAAUUUGCUCACUUUUCCAUUCCUUCAUUAAACUUCCUCUCUCACAGAACCAGGCUUUUUCUUGUUUCACUCAUGGAAAUUACAGCCACCACCAUAACAACCUUGUCUUCUGGGUCUUGUCCCUGCAAAGUCCUACCCUUUUGUGUUGGCCCUUGACCUCGUAAUUCGGCCAUGGAAGAAGCAUUUGAUUGGAGUUCUGAUGUUCGAGGAAAUGCCUCAGAGAGGACUCCUCAUGGUUUUCUGGAUAACUCUGCUGCAAUGAGAAGAGGGCUUGCUUCAUCUUCUUCUCUGGUCCUGGACGGAGAGAAGGGAGAGCUUGUGGCGGCCCCUGCUAAACUGGAGCGCAAGAUUGCGUCCACUGAUAGAAGUAUUGAAAGUUUGAAGAACCAUAGCGAGGCAGAGAGGAGAAGGAGAGCAAGGAUUAAUGCUCAUCUUGACACCCUUAGGAGUGUAGUUCCAGGCGCUAAAAAGAUGGACAAAGCGUCAUUACUUGGAGAGGUUAUCAGACAUUUGAAAGAGCUGAAAAGGAAUGCAGCACAGGCAUGUGAAGGUUUGAUGAUACCAAAGGACAACGAUGAAAUAAGAGUUGAAGAACAGGAGGAUGGUUCAAAUGGCUUCCCGUAUUCGAUCAAGGCAUCGCUAUGUUGUGAAUAUAAACCUGGGUUGUUGUCUGAUCUAAGACAAGAACUUGAUGCUCUACAUCUCAGGAUAAUGAUGGCAGAAAUUGCAACCUUGGGAGGCAGGAUGAAGAAUAUGUUUGUUAUAAUUAGCUGCAGAGAACAGAACAUAAUUGAAGAUGCUGCAUAUCGUCAGGUUCUUGCAGUCUCUGUUCAUCAAGCUAUUAGGUCUGUACUUGAUAGAUUUUCUUCUCCAGAAGAUCUGUUAGGAGCCAGCAAGAGACGGAGAAUUUCUAUAUUCAGUUCAUCACCUUUAGGAGAUUUGUUGUGAGCACCAUUUGUAGUAAUUGGUUGUUUGGCAGUCUCAGGCCUUGCUCAAAAAUCUUCAUCCAUUCCCUACCACACUUGUCCACUCCAUACUCUUUUAUUAAAAGAUUCAGCUACUAGAACAAUGUAAUUAGAAAUGUGAUUAGAAAUUACAAGAACAAUGUGAUUUGGUUGAUGGAUUAAAGCAUGUUUGAAAUAUCUAUUCUACUUUUUGGUAA